CUAGUAUAUAUUGAGAGUUUGAGACGAAACUGCAAAUCUCUGCAUAGCACUAGGAAAGUUUUUUAAAAAUAAACAUUUUUAAUAUUAAUGAAAUCGAUGGAUCGUUCUCAAGAAAGAAAAGCUUUCGAGGAGAUGAAAACGGGCGUGAAAGGUCUGGUGGAUUCAGGAAUCACAGAGAUUCCAGCCAUGUUCCGUGCACCACCGACUAUUUUAGCAAGCAUGAAAGCAUCACAAGCUUCUCAUCAUCAGCAGAUGAAGAUCCCCACCAUCGAUCUCAAGGGAGGAAGCGUUCACUACAAGAACCAAGAUUUGAUGACGCGGCGUAACGUGGUGGAACAGACCAGAGAAGCGGCUGAGAAAUGGGGUUUCUUCCGAGUGACCAACCACGGGAUCUCGCUCGAGCUCCAGGAGAGGAUGCUUGGAGGGGUACGUGGGUUUCACGAGCAAGCCUCGCAAGUUAAGAAACAGUUCUACUCACGUGAUCACUCUCGAAGCUUCUUCUACUACACCAACAUCGAUCUCUUCCAAUCUGACUCUGCCAGUUGGAGAGAUACCAUUGCUUGUUAUACGGCUCCAGAUCCUCCCCGAUCUCAGGACUUGCCCGCAGUUUUUGGGGAGGUUAUGUUAGAAUACUCAAAGGAAGUGAUGAGUUUAGGUGAAUUGAUCUUUGAGCUUCUAUCAGAGGCUUUGGGAUUGAGCCCUAAUCAUCUUAAGGAAAUGGAUUGCGCCAAGUCUUUAAUGAUGACUGGCCAAUACUACCCACCUUGCCCUCAGCCUGACCUUACUUUAGGCAUAACCAAGCACAGUGAUUUUUCUUUUCUCACAGUUCUUCUUCAAGACAAUAUAGGAGGGCUUCAAGUUCUCCAUGACCAAGCCUGGAUUGAUAUUCCUCCUGUCCCUGGGUCUUUUGUCAUUAACAUUGGAGAUCUUCUACAGUUCAUAACCAAUGACAGGUUCAUAAGCGCAGAGCAUAGGGUGAUAGCGCAUGGAUCUUCAAACGCGAGGGUUUCAGUGCCAUGUUUCUUCACCACGUUCAAAAAGGCGAAUCCUCGUGUAUAUAGACCCAUCAAAGAGCUCCUCUCUGAAGAUAACCCUCCCAAGUAUAGAGACUGUUCAAUCUCCGAGUUCGCAGACAUCUUCAGUUCAAAAGAUAUCACCAUUCCUAGGUUACUCCAGCUCAGAAUCUGAAACAUUCAUCAUUGGUACUUACGUGUUUGGUCUUCCUCUUAAUAUAUACUAGAUUUUGACCCGCGCUUGAAAG